UAUUCCCUUGCCAAGCUAUUGGAUUCAUGCAUACACAAGCAGAUGAUCUUCUCCCCUCGCCUGUAUGUUCCCGCAAAAACAAGAAGCACGCCAUCAGUACCUAUACUAAGUAGACGACUUUUGACCACGAACAGCUCAAUGAGCAGAUCUGGGGCUGAGGCGAGCACGACUUAUUUUCCGGACUAUCAAUGAACAAGAUUGAUAAGACCCACAGCCAGCUAUGCAAGAGACCUAUAACAGUAAGUAAUAACAAGAUAGGCUCGACCAGAUGGAAUCUGAUUAAUUGGACCGAAGAGAUACGCUAAUGCCUAUACGGCUAAGAGAGCAGGUGACUAACGUACCGUCAGCAGAGCCGUCACUUCCGCGUACUUUGUGUCUUGACUGUUUCUAGACGUGUGCUCGGUUCAGCUAUCAUCCAAUUGAUUUUUAGUAAGCUUUUCAAUUACCCUAUAAAAUGCCACCCGAAUGACAGUACAACAUGAUACUUCCAUGAUAUUCCUUUCCCAGACUUUUAUAAUGCAUUCUCGUUUUCUCAUUGCCGCGGUAUUUGCAACUGUAGGAUGGUCAUAUCCUACUACGUCUAUCUGCACAGAGGUCGAUAUCCCGGUCUCCGUUGCUGCGACGCGCUUUCUCAUCACCACGACAAUUGAGAAUGACUGGGAUGCUGUUUCAUUGACAUUCAAUCUCACAAGAAGAGAUAGUGGAAAUGCUACUACUGCUCCUCUCCCGAUAGCAGGAACGACCUCGAGUCCUGUGAGAAGUGACUUUGUGGUGGGGCCUACGUUUGAGAAUGCCGAAAGGUACAGCUUUGUCGAUGCUGCUGUUGCUGCAGGCUACGCAGUGCUCAGCUAUGACCGUAUUGGUGUUGGAUCAUCCUCAAAAGUGGAUGCACUUCAAGAUGCCCAGUUUCAAGUGCAAACAGCAGUUCUUGACGAACUAAUAGUCUACGCACGCAAAAUCAUGAACGCAAAGCACGUUGGACUGAUCGGCCACAGCUACGGCUCGUACCUAUCUGCUGGCUCCGCAAACCACUCCGACGUAGAUGCAGUUGUUCUCACUGGCUUCAGUGGUGCUUUCGACUACUUCACACCAUUUGUUGCUGGCGCCGGCUUCCGAAUUGCCAAUCAACAAAACACGAGUCGUUGGGGGGAUUUGGAUUCGGCAUACCUUACUACCUCUGAUAUAUACGCGACUACUUACAUAUACUACAAGGAGCCUUACUUUGAGCAACGUGUUGCUGAGUGGAACCAUCAUGUAGCUGCAGAGCCUUUUGCGGUAGGCGAAUUGCCAUCGCUACUCGCAUCCUAUAACAACUUCCAUAAUGUAACAGCCCCGGUAUUGCUUCUGCAGGGUCAGUUUGAUCUUUCUGCUUGUGGAGGAAAUUGUUUAGGCUUUCCAAAGUUGAAGGAUGAAGCGCUUCGAGAUGACGUCUUUCAGAACGCAAAGUCUAUUGAGGUCAUCAAUGACCUCCCUGCAGGGUAA